GUUUACUGCAUAGACAUAAUAUAAGGGUAGACGCCGCAUUGGCCGCUCCGGCGCAGGAAAUACGGCGGCCAUCUUAGAGCGGUAUACCCUCGUACUUUGCUGAACCAAAACAACAGAAGAUGCCUCAGUUCUGCUCGGCUUAUUCGUGUUUAAAUCUACGAACUGUUGAUGUCAGGGACCGGGGGAUAACUUUUCACAAGUAAGAAUGACAUAUUAUUGUUAGUAUGUUGUGAAUGUAAUAUUACUGUACUGUAUUUAUGCCCACCAGCGAAAUGACAGCAAAUGUUAGCUAUCGGUCUUCAGCCGGAGAUUUGAUGACAGGAAUAUGUUUCAAACAGGCCUACUCACAAUUUCAGUAGCUUUGUUUAAUUAUCAUUAUCAACAAAUUUUAAUCAAAUUUGGAGUUUUAUGUUCUUUAAAAUAUGAAGAUCAAAAAUAGUGAGUGUAACGUUUUUCUGAAUGCUCAGAUCCCCGAUGCUUCUUGGUAUGUAUUACACAACAUAUAUUUUGUGCAGAAAUCAUAUUUUAUGUACAUUAUGUUGCUAUGAUUGUGUAUGUAUGUGAUUGUGUGUUUGGUGAUGGUCAGAGUGAAUGUCAGUGCAGAAUGGCAGUAACGCUUCUAUCAAACUGACCCAAGCUGGGCUGUGGCUCCAAACCACCAAGAAUGAGAAAUGAAUAAAAAAGAUAUAUGUUAAGUGUCUUAGAGUGUCGAGAAAAGAACUGUACAAAAAUGAUUUUAUUUUACAUUUUAAACAAUGUUCUCUUGUUUAAAUUUUUUAAGAUCUGCAGUUUUGUUUCUGUUGGAAUCGUCUUUUCUUCAGUGUGUUACAGGUCCCUAAUGCUUUUAUAUGGUAAGUACAUUAUUUAAAAAAUUAACUAUAGGUAAGUGUGAAAAAGGUAUGUAUUGUAUGUGUUCUGGUUCAAGUUCAUAUUGGUGGUUUCUGAAAAUACCGUUUGAAGCAGCAUCAUUAUGCUUUUCUGUGGUGCUUUUUUGAGGUUUCUUGUUUAGCCAUGUUCAGAGCAAUAAAACAUUUUUCUUUUGCAGGUACCUCUCUGUCAUUGGAUUUGUCAUCAACAUUGACACGUUACUGCUGAUGAUUCCUGAACUGCUCCAAGUGCAGCGGUAUGUCCUCACAUACAGGUUCAGCCAAGAUCACUUGGAGCUCCUGUUUAAUUCCAUCAGAGCGUCAGGUGGCUGGAAUAACAACCCAUCAGCAUGCCAGUUCCAGGCCAUCUUCCGCCGGCUGAUGGUUCGGUGUGGGGUUACACCCAGUGAGACUGGCAAUGUGGCAGCACAAGACAACACCGUGUCCCUGUCUGCUGUUGAAAUGUCCUCUCCUGAAUCUAAUGAAGAGCAUCCCUGUCAUUUUGCUAGGAUUUCAGCCAUUCUGGACGACCACAGCUAUCUUCCGACCAAGUUUGGUGGUCUGGUAGAAAAUGCCUUGGUUUACAUAUCUGGAUUUGUUGUGAGGCAGAUUCUGCGUAAACUAACCUGUGACCCAUGUCGAGUCAGUUUGAUUCAAGAUGCCACACCGUCUUCAUUUGAUGAGAACUACCAUCUUCUCACUUUGAAAAAUAAUGGCGGGUUAGUGAUUCCCUCACAAGGCGUAGUGAAGGUGGUGAGAGCUGCAGAGAGGGUGAUUCGUGGUGCUUCACCAAACCAUCCUCCUAAGCUGUCCGCCGUCACAUACAUAGUCCGUGAAGACAUUGGAACAGAAGAUGUUUUCCAGCUUGGGGAACACACUCAGGAGACACAAUUUGGCAUUGACAAUCACCAUUCUGACUUGCUGUCAUUGGUUGUGUCUGUGUUUCUGAAGAUAAGGAUGCACCACAUUGCAAAAGUCACAUGUCUUGGUUUGCAGAAAGGCAACACCAGAAAAAAGCUCUGCAAAACUGUCCUAUUUCAAGGCUAUUAGAUUGUGUAAAAAUGUAAUGAAUAUGUAAAUACUGUCACAACAGAUAAGUAUGCAUGUGUGUAUGUGUGUAUAUAUGAGAUUAUCGGAAUAUAUACAUAAUGUGUGUGAAUAAAUUGCAUCUUUGGUUGUAUCUUGCAAAACAUGUCAUACUUUAAAACAUUGUAUUCCACCAAAAUUAUUUAAAUAUGCUAAACUAUACGUUCCUAUACAUGCAAUUUUAAUAGCUGUAUGCCUAAAAUUUAAUUAUGUGACAAUGUGAUUACUAUUCAGCGUGUUAUGAUCUAUUAAAUGCGCUGAUCCUUUAUUGUGCCUGCCAAAUAUAUAAGGCUGAGUGGAGUGGUAUACCGCUCCAAGAUGGCCGCCCUAAAUCUCGUCAGCUCCAAUAGGCGAGACCGGCCCAUGAGGCGUCUAUCCAUAUAUUAUGUCUAUGGUU